AUGUUAAACAAGAACAUUCUGCUGUUGUGUCUCCAGAUUAGUCUCCUAGGAAUCACUCUUGGUGGGAAUAUUCUGAUUUGGCCAAUGGAAGGUAGUCAUUGGCUGAACAUUAAGAUAAUCAUAGAUGAGUUGAUUGAAAAAGAGCAUAAUGUGACUGUUUUAGUUGCCUCUGGUGCACUUUUCAUCACGCCAACCUCGACCCCAUCUCUGACAUUUGAAAUAUAUAAGGUGGCCUUUGGCAAAGAAAGAAUAGAAGGACUGAUCAAGGACUUUGUUUUGACAUGGAUGGAAAAGAGGCCAUCUCCUUCAACCAUUUGGAGAUUCUAUCAAGAUAUAGCCAAAGUCAUCAAGGACUUCCACAUGAUAUCUAGAGAAAUCUGUGAUGGUGUUCUUAAAAACCAAAAGCUGAUGGAAAAGCUGAAGAAAAGCAAAUUUGAGGUCCUGAUAUCAGAUCCAGUAUUUCCUUGUGGUGAUAUAGUAGCUUUAAAGCUGGGAAUUCCAUUUAUGUACUCCCUCAGGUUUUCUCCAGCCUCAACAGUGGAAAAGCAUUGUGGGAAGGUACCAUACCCUCCUUCCUAUGUUCCUGCCACUUUAUCAGAACUCACGGACCAGAUGUCUUUCACUGACAGAAUAAGAAAUUUCAUCUCCUACAGUCUACAGGACUACAUGUUUAACACUCUUUGGAAAUCAUGGGAUUCCUACUAUAGUAAAGCUUUGGAUGGUAGCCAUUGGUUAAAUAUUGAGCUCAUUCUAGAAGAGCUGAUCCAAAGAAAUCACAAUGUGACUGUACUGGCUUCAUCAGCAACUCUAUUCAUCAACUCCAAUCCUGAUUCUCCUGUGAAUUUUGAAGUGAUACCUAUCUCCUAUAAGAGCAGCAAUAUAGACUCCUUAAUUGAACACAUGAUAAUGCUGUGGAUAGACCACAGACCAACUCCUCUCACUCUCUGGACUUUCUACAAAGAACUAGGAAAAUUUCUAGAUGCUGCUUUUCGAAUGAAUAUACAAAUCUGUGAUGGAGUAUUAAACAACACCAAGUUACUGGCAAGACUUCAGGAAGGUGGUUUUGAUGUGUUGUUAGCAGACCCAGUAACUGUCUGUGGGGACCUGGUUGCUCUGAAAUUAGGAAUUCCAUUUGUGUACACACUGAGGUUCUCUCCAGCCUCAACAGUGGAGAGACACUGUGGGAAAAUCCCCGCACCUGCCUCCUAUGUUCCUGCAGCUUUGUCAGAGCUCACUGACCACAUGACCUUUGGUGAGAGGGUAAAAAAUACUAUAUCCUAUCUUCUGCAAGACUACAUAUUUGAAUCCUAUUGGGGAGAAUGGAAUUCAUACUACAGCAAAGUUCUAGGAAGACCCACUACAUUAUGUGAGGUUAUGGGGAAAGCAGAAAUUUGGCUAAUCCGGACAUAUUGGGAUUUUGAAUUUCCUCGUCCAUACUUACCUAAUUUUGAGUUUGUAGGAGGGUUGCACUGUAAACCUGCCAAACCAUUACCUAAGGUUUUAUGGAGAUACAAAGGAAAGAAACCAGCCACAUUAGGAGCCAAUACUCGGCUCUAUGAUUGGAUACCCCAGAAUGAUCUUCUUGGUCAUCCCAAAACAAAAGCUUUUAUCACUCAUGGUGGAACCAAUGGGAUCUAUGAAGCUAUUUAUCAUGGGGUUCCUAUGGUGGGAGUUCCCAUGUUUGCUGAUCAGCCUGAUAAUAUCGCUCACAUGAAGGCCAAAGGAGCAGCUGUGGAGGUGAACAUAAACACAAUGACAAGUGAAGAUCUGCUCAAUGCCUUGAGAACAGUCAUUAAUGAACCUUCUUAUAAAGAGAAUGCUACAAGGUUAUCAAGGAUUCAACAUGAUCAACCUGUAAAGCCCCUAGAUCGAGCAGUCUUCUGGAUAGAGUUUGUCAUGCGUCACAAAGGAGCCAAGCACCUGCGUCCAGCUGCCCAUGACCUCACCUGGUUCCAGUACCAUUCUUUCGAUGUGAUUGGUUUCCUGCUGGUCUGUGCAGCAACUGCUAUCUUUUUGGUCACAAAAUGUUGUUUGUUUUCUUGCCAAAAACUUGGUAAAACAGGAAAGAAGAAAAAGAGGGAAUAGAUCUUUCUAAGUUUGGCAAAGGCCUUAAUGGGCAAUCCUGUUCAUUCUAGCCACAGUGACCUUAAUGAAAACACAUUAUCUCCAUCCUGUUUUCAAAAUUCCCUUUCCUCUACCUUAGCUUAGAGAUAAAGCCUAGAAUUCAACAGGAUCAUUAGCUAGUAAACACGUCCCAGUCUUCUUUUGUCUUUUCCCAGGUGCCUUUACCCUCUUCUUCUCAUUUUCCUGACACAGGGACACUAACAAUUUUAUGUAUACCCUAUUCAAAAUAUCACUAUUUUUCAGUAUGCUUAACCUUAGGAACGUGCUGGCUGACAACAUGCUGAAUCCUCAGGAACACACAAACUAUGAGCUGAAUGUGAUGGAUGUAGGGAACAUAGAAGACUAAACUUCACAAGUUCCCCUAGAAUAUACAAAUCAAGGAACCACCAUAAAAGAUUCGUAUGCUAUAAUAAGAGUAAUUAUUUAUUUUUGCAUAAAAAUAAGCCCUUCUGCUAGCCCAAAGCGACUGGAGUCAGAGCCUAUAUUGAUAACUGUAAUAAUGUAUCAUUCUAGGGAAAGUCUACAAAUUCCCACUGAACACACAGAUAAUCAUGGCCUAUGUUCCAGCCUGUAAUCCACCAGUACUCUUGUGUGGACUCUAAUGCAAGGGUCUGGGGACUUCCCUCAAACAAAAGAGAUUAAGUGGGUCAUUAUUUGCUCUCAGGGACAGAGAAUGUCAGCAACGUUAAAGAUGAAGAGAUCAUUUAUGGAAGAAAUAACUAAGAAAUACAGAAAAGACUUUAGUACUUUUAUGAAAUGUUUAAUUAACAGUACAAUUGAUAAAGUUAAAUGCCAAUUUAGUAUAUUGAAAAAUGACUAAUGCACAUAAUCUAUAAUCACUCUUUAUAAUCAAAUUUGUUCAGUUUUCUAGCAAAAACAAAUAUUUACUUGGAAUAUAAGAUCAUUGUAUCAUUUUUCAGUCUUUGUCUUCUACAAAUUUAAAUUUAUUAAUUAAGCAUUAUGCCAAGGACGUAUGGUAUUAGCAGGUCUACAUGACUAAGGGCAUGCUAUAGUAAAUAGUUAUCAUGCAAAGAUCAUAUUUGAAUCAGCUUUGCAUUAAUUUAGCAAAUAGAUUAAAGACUGCACUUUCUUUACCCUUUAUAAACUUAAUGACAUGUUCUAAUUAAAGUUUUAAUUCCAGUAUUAGCUGUAUAGUUGAGGCAAUAAAUAACAUCCAUUGGCUUACUGAAAAUUUUGAAAUCUGUUGUCAUUUCAAUGUGGCAUUUUGAAAACGACGUCCAAUUUUAAAAUAACUGAAUGAUAUAUGAUACGUGAACAUAUAAGA